CUUGCCUGUUUGGUGGAGGAGGAGAAGCGUUCGUGUUGACAUUCGUUGCAACAGGUGUCAGUUUCGCAGGCGAGAGACACUUGAUUCGGGACAAGUUCUGCUCUAAGAAAUCAGUCGCCGCACGUGACAAAGGGCAUCGAGGCGUUGUGGGUGUGAGCAGGUAGCCUCUUCAUCCAGGUGCGAACAGAUCGAGACUCAUCAUCAACAUCCGUGAGCGAGGAUCUUGAGAUAGCCAUCGGAAGAGAAGACACGCCGAUGGAGCGAAUUCAGAGCGAAUAUUAAUUCGUGUCGAGCUGCCCGCGACUCCAUCUCCACGUCAGGGCACACACCAUGCGUGUCUGCAGACCACCCUGCUACAUGAAGAUAAGCCUGCGGCUCUGCCUUGCCGUCUUCAUGUCUGCGGGUCUGGUGCUGCUGCUCCUGCAGGCUCAUCUAAUAGAGCGGGCGGCGAGAACGGCCGUGCCUGGUCCAGAGAGCCUAGACUCCAGUCUAAGCAGCCUGAAGAAUCUCUUGGCAUCUAUGGAUACGAAGCUGCAGAGACUGGACGGGCUGGAGAGCAUCGUACAAUCCUUGCGUGACCUCAACGGAUCGCUCGACAGGUGCCGCCCCUGUCAGCCAGAUCAACGGCCGGAGGCCCCGGUCCAAUUAGCGCCUCAGCUGCCACUGAAACAGCCUGCAGAGGUGCCUCGCGCUUCACAGGACUGCGAAGUUCCACGGGACCCCGGCUUCCCGCUGUGCGGCGAGAAAGUGAAGUACCUGCAGAACAGGUGGACCAGCGACCCGUGCUACUCGCACUACGGAGUGAACGGCUCCACGUGCUCCAUCAUCUCCUACCUGGGCCAGGUGGAGAGCUUCUGCCCUCCUCGUCGUCAAGCAGGACCCAACACAACUGGGAUUCCCCCCAAGCCCCCGAAGGACACAGAGGCGGCGAUGCGACGCAGCGUGAGCGCUCUGCUCGCGCUCACGGAGCGGUACAGAGCCAUGGAAGCGGUGCGCUUCAUGGAGCGGCGGCUCCAGCAGACCGAGCGGACGUGGUCGACUGCGGCGCACGACCUCGCGGCUCGGACGAACGGGACUUCGCGUGCCCGCAUGAAGAUCCUCGUGCACCUGGGCCUGCUGACUGGGGCCAGCGGGCGGUGGUUCAACUCGGGCACGGGUCGGGGCGGUCCCCUCGGGGAGCUGGUGCAGUGGGCCGACGCGCUGGCCGCCCUGCACGCCCUCGGCCACUCGCUCUCGAUCGCCGCCACGCUGCCCGACCUGCACAGGUUGCUCGGCGUGCCCCCAGGCAAUGGUGCCUGUCCCAUCGAGAAGGCUUUGCCCUUUGACCUCAUCUUCACCGACUACUUGGGCAUCGAGCAAAUGAGCAAGAGCAUGGGCUUGUCUUUCCGGGAGUACGCGUGUCGCUACCGCGUGGUGGACACUUUCGGCACGGAGCCGGCUUUCAACCACGAGGCCUACGCCACCAAGAACGGCUUCAAGUCCGGAUGGGGCCACUGGAACCUGCAGCCCCAGCAGUACAUGACCAUGUUCCCGCACACUCCGGACAACUCGUUCCUGGGCUUCAUGAGCGAAGUCAUCAGCGAGAAGCAAAAGGUCACGAUCCCCAAGGACGAACGCAUGGCGAUGGUGUACGGCAAGAAAGAGGAGAUGUGGAAGGGAAAGGAGCAGUACCUGAAGGUGAUCUCUCGCCACAUGGCCGUGCACGGCACGGUGGGGGGCAGCCUGACAUCAUUACCGAAUUUUGUGCUCAACCAUGGCCUCCUCUCCCAGCGUGACAUCCAACUCCUCCUCCGCAGGGCCAAGAUGUUUGUGGGGCUGGGCUUCCCGUACGAGGGUCCGGCGCCGCUGGAGGCCAUCGCCAGCGGUUGCGUCUUCCUGAUGCCGCGCUUCGACCCGCCGCACUCAUCCCACAGCACCGCCUUCUUCAAGGGCAAGCCCACGUCUCGCCUGGUAACGUCGCAGCACCCGUACGCGGAGCGCUUCAUCGGUAGACCACACGUGUGGACGGUGGACGUGCGAAACCUGUCGGAGGUGGAGGCGGCCGUGAUCGCCAUCAAAUCGUUGCCGGCCAUGGAGCCGUUCCUCCCGUACGAGUUCACAGCCCAAGGGAUGCUCGAGAGGGUGUACGCUUACCUCACUCACCAGGACUUCUGCUCGCCGGGGCCACGGAGAUGGCCUCCCAGCAGCGCGAUGCAAGCGGUGGCGUCGGAGGGCGGCGUCUCGUGCCAGGACGCGUGCUGGGCACGUGGCCUCGUUUGCGAGCCGUCCUUCUUCCCCCUCGUCAACACGCAGGAGGUCUUUACCAGGUUGGGCCUGCGGUGCGGCACGGUGGAGAGGCGAGCGAGCCACCUGGUGCCCGCAUUCACCCGCAACGGGAGCCACUGCCUGCUCCAGGAGGAGACGCUCCUCUUCAGCUGCGCCGGUGCCGGUGAGACCCGGGUGUGCCCCUGCCGCGACUUUCGACGGGGCCAGGUAGCGCUGUGCCGGGACUGCUUGUGACAGGCUGCGUGGCGGCACGAAGCGGGCCGAGCAUCGACAAUCGAAGAUUUAACCCUUGCAAUUUUAACCCCCCCGCGCGCUGUAUUUAAUCGUGUCGCCAAUUCCGUGGGA